CUGAACGCCAGUACGAAGAAUGUUCUCUCAUUUUUAAAAAAUGGCUUGGCGUAUCUGAUUUGUUUAAGCUUUCAAAAUGCUUAGAAAACUUUUUAUGAUCCAACUUCUGCUGUUCGUGACACUGGUAGAAGCAAGGAAACCAUUUCUUAGUUUUCUGAAUAUAGAGAAGACUACAAUAUUUUUGACAAAGAUUGAAGAAAAAAUAAUUGUGAGAUCAAGUUACAAAGAUAAAUGGCCUAACUCCAGCUAUCUCUUUGUGAAAACAGAAGAUCCUAGAAUUUUGCAGGUGGUGAAUGUGACCAAGACCUCAUCAAAUGUUACAAACUUUACUAUCAAUCUAAUAACACAUCAAGAAGGAGAGACAAAUUUGACCCUUCAACUCUGGGAUUCUGAAGGUAAGCAGGAACGACUCAUUGAAGAAAUAAAGAAUGUUAAAGUCAAAGUGAGCAAACAAACAAAAGACAGUCUUUCCCAGGCAUCAAUGAAUAUUGAUGGAAGAAUCCUCAUGCUUGUUUUAUCUAUGAUACUAUUAAAUAAAUGUGCUUUUGGGUGCAAGAUUGAAUUUCAGGUUCUUCAAGCGGUAUGGAAGAGACCUUUGCCAAUACUUCUUGGGGCAGUUACACAGUUUUUUCUGAUGCCAUUUUGUGGUUUCCUUUUGUCUCAUAUGUUGGCAUUGCCCAAAACACAGGCUUUUGGAUUUGUCCUGACUUGCACAUGCCCAGGAGGGGGUGGGGGUUAUCUCUUUGCUCUGCUUCUACAAGGAGAUGUUACUUUGUCCAUUUUGAUGACUUGCACAUCAACAUUAUUGGCCUUGAUAAUGAUGCCUGUCAAUUCAUGUAUCUAUAGUAGGAUGUUAGGAUUAUCAGGUAUAUUUCAUAUUCCUGUUUCUAGAAUUGUGUCAACACUCCUUUUUAUACUUAUACCAAUAUCAGUUGGAAUAGUCAUCAAGCAUAGAAUACCUGAAAAAGCAAACUUGUUAGAGAGAAUAAUUAGACCUCUUAGUUUCGUUUUAAUGUUUAUUGGCAUUUAUUUGACUUUCAGAAUGGGAUCGAUGUUUCUAAAAUUAGCUAACCUGGAAGUACUUCUUCUGAGUCUGUCAGUUCCUGCUUUGGGUUUGUUGUUUGGGUAUUCCUUCGCUAAAGUUUAUAUGUUGCCUCUACCUGUUUGUAAAACUGUUGCUAUUGAAAGUGGGAUAUUAAAUAAUUUCUUAGCCCUGGCCAUUAUUCAGCUAUCUUUUUCACAGCCCAAGGCACACCUAGCUUCUGUAGCUCCUAUUACAGUAGCCCUGUGUUCUGUAUGUGAAAUGUUACUGAUUCUUCUGGCUCACGAGGCUAAGAAAAGAUGUGUCUUUUAAAUUUUUUUCCUACUCUAAAAGUUAAAGCAUGACUCCACUGCUAUUCUGAGUAAGGUAUUGUGAGAAGUUUAAAAAUUAUGUAAAAUAAUGUCUGCUCUCAAGCCACUAAUGAUCUGGUUAAAAAUUUAAUAUGGGGGAGGCUAUGGAAAGUGUAUAUGUAAUCUACAUGCUAAGCACUCGAGUGUUACAGACAGUCCAACACACAGGAAUUCAGAGAAAAGUGACAACUUUGCUAGUGUGGGAAUGGUUUAUAGAAUGAGAGAAGAAUAAAAUAUUUUAUCAUUAUCUCUUAAAUGAUAAAAAGCCAUAAAGUGUCUUUUUGUAGUGAAAUUGAUAUGCCCUAAGUAUUUAAGGAAAAGAUGUCUCCAUGUAGUAGACAUUCAGCAAAAGCUCCCUCGGUAAAUUAAUAUAUAAAUUGCAUUCUUAUUUGGAAUUAUCAUUGGCUUAUCAGAAUCACCAUACCUUAAACUGUAAGUAGCAUCUCUGCUUCUGCAGCUGCACAUACUCCUGUCUCCCAUACCUCCCCACUAAAGCCAUUACCAUUUACCUCAAACAGAGUCAUCAAUUCUCCCCGCCCCCUUCCUCUUUUCUUUGUGGUACGAGGAUCAAACUCAGGGUAUUGUAGAGUAUG